GAGGUUGGGAAACCAACUUCUAAUCCUCUGCUCUCUCUGUGUGUCAGGGGGAGGGGACUAUAAAGAAAACUAAAAUCCCCAGGAUUUGUUCAGGAAGAAGUUUACCAGAAACCAGCACAGCUAAACUGAGAGAGUUAGGACUCACAACAAUCUCGUGAAGCAGCUUUGUUACCAGCUCUAAAAGAUACCUGCUGUUGAUUUUAUAGUCAAGACAAGGUCACACCCUGGACAUGGCCUCAGAGAUCCACAUGCCAGAACCAGUCUGCCUCAUUGAAAACAUCGAAGGGAAACUGGUAGUUAAUCAGAAAGCUUUGGAGAUCCUCUCUGCCUUCACCCAGCCCCUUGUCGUGGUGGCUAUUGUGGGCCUCUACCGCACUGGCAAAUCCUACCUGAUGAACAAACUGGCUGGGAAAAAUGAGGGCUUCUCUGUUGGAUCCACAGUGCAGUCUCACACCAAGGGAAUCUGGAUGUGGUGUGUGCCUCAUCCAGAGGAGCCAAACCACACCCUGGUUCUGCUGGACACCGAGGGACUGGGAGAUGUAGAGAAGGGUGACCAGAACAAUGAUACUCAGAUCUUUGCACUGGCAAUACUAUUGAGUAGUACUUUUGUUUACAACACCAUGAACAAAAUUGACCAGAGGGCUAUCGAUCUAUUGCAUUAUGUAAUAGAACUGUCAAAUCAGCUCAGGACAGUUUCUCCACUUGAUCUUGAUGGGGUUGAAGAUGCAGCGGAUGCUGUGAGCUUCUGUCCAGACUUAGUGUGGACUCUGAGAGAUUUCUACCUUUCCCUGGAAGCAGAUGGGAGACACAUCACAGCAGAUGACUACCUGGAGAACUCGUUGAAGCUGAAAGAAGACACUGAUGAAAAUCAUAAAAAUUUCAAUUUGCCCCGUCAUUGCAUACAGACAUUCUUUGCAAGAAAGAAAUGCUUUGUCUUUGACUCGCCCACUCACCGGAAGAAGCUUGCCCAUCUUCCGACACUGCACAAUGAUGAACUGGAUCCUGACUUUGUGCAACAAGUGGCAGAUUUCUGUUCCUACAUCUUUCACCAUUCCAAGGCAAAAACUCUUUCAGGAGGCAUCAAGGUUAAUGGACCUCGUCUAGAAAAUCUGGUGCUGACCUAUGUCAAUGCCAUCAGCAGUGGGAACCUGCCCAGCGUGGAGAAUACAGUCUUGGCCUUGGCCCAAAUCAAGAAUUCAGCUGCAGUACAAAAAGCCAUUGCCCACUAUGACCAACAGAUGGGCCAAAAGGUGCAGCUGCCCACGGAAAACCUCCAAGAGCUGCUGGACCUGCACAGGACCAGUGAGAAGGAAGCCAUCGAAAUCUUCAUCAAUAAUUCCUUCAAGGAUGUGGACCAAAGGUUCCAGAAGGAAUUAGAGACCCUGCUGGAAGCAAAACAAGAUGACUUUCGUAAGCAGAACUUGGAGGCAUCAUCAGAUCGUUGCUCAGCUUUACUUCAAGAUAUUUUUGGUCCUCUAGAAGAAUAUGUGAAGCAGGGACUUUACUCAAAGCCUGGAGGGCACCGCCUCUUCAUUCAGAAGAGAGAAGAGCUGAAGGCAAAGUACUAUCAGGAGCCCAGGAAAGGAAUACAGGCUGAAGAAGCUCUGCAGAACUAUUUACAGUCCAAGGAGUCUGUGAGUGAUGCCAUUCUACAGACAGACCUGGCUCUCACCGCGAAGGAAAAGGAGAGGAAAGAAGCAUAUUUGAAAGCAGAGGCUGCAAAGGCUGAAGCACGUAGGUUGGAGGAGAUUCAAAGGCAGAACCAGAAAAUGAUGGAGGAGAGGGAGAGGCAGCAUCAGGAGCAACUGAGACAAAUGGAGAUAACAGAGCCCAACACGCUGGCACAGGAACAGAUGGCUCGGGAACGUCAGCUCCAGGAAGAGGCUGCAAAGCAGAGGGAGAGAGAAGAGGCUGAAAUAAGAAGACUUCAGAAUGAGAUUCAGCAACUACAGCAAGCAAAAUCACGAAAUGAUGAUUGUAUUUUACUCUAAAGCUAAACAUCUGAACUUCUUUUCAUGUUCACUUUCCACUGAAGAUAGAAAGAAACAAGAAACUAUAAAACAUGGGACAAUUACCAUUUAAAUAAAUGUUAUAAUAAUUAUAUCAAGCUUUUGUAUUGUUACAAAGUUAUGAUGCCCAUAACUGGUAAAAUGUACAUUUCAAUAGUUUCAAUGAUGAUUACUUCCUUGAAAAGAUUAUGAAUUGUAUAACAGAGGGCAUUUGAUCACUGCAUUUAUUUGGUAGAGAUAGUGGGCUGGUUCUCUCAGGGGAAACUUCCUCUUCUACCUCAAUGCCAUCCCUCUGAUUUUCUCUGGGGGGAUUGAAAGUGACCUAAGGGGUGUGUGAUUCACAAUAGGCUCAGUCAAAUGGGACUUGAUCAACAUCUUGAACUCACUCAGGUGGGCAGCACUCCUGUCAAGUGGUCAUAUGCUGGAUGCCAUUGCAGGGAGUCAUCACUUUACCUAGCUUCUUAGCAGCGACAAUGUUCGGUUCUCAACUGUGUGGAGGCAGUCAGUCUAUGGGAAGUGAUGUGACUACUGGUCGUGCUCAGUAGAGUUUGCUUAGGGAGAGUCUAAACUGUAAGCAAAUAGCACUGUAAUGAAGUAGAGGUGCUCUAGAAGUUAGAAAGAACUUCCGGUAUGGAAAUUGUGUCAUAGGCCAAAGAGCUAAAGAAGCCUUUUCUUUAUGUUAUCCUCAUCAAAGGCAUAACUUAAACAGGACUUUUUAUAUCAAAAAGCAGUUUAUACUGAAUUAAAUGAUUGUGUGCUAUGUCUUUAUAAUCCUUUAGAGCCUAUAAAUAAAUGGUAUAAGGAAUGCUAGAUAAAUGUGUCAAAAAUAUCUGAUGGGGCUCAUUUUAUUUUAUGCUUGCUUAUAAUGGUAAAGUUAAACAAUCUUAAUUCUUUGCAAUCAUGUAUGAAAACCUACUGAUUUUUCUUGAUAUUUAUGACUUGUAUACAUAUAUAUUUGUACAUAUUUUUAAACAUAAGGAACCAUAAACAGUUUUAAAUAACUCUACCACUUUGUUUCUCCAACUGUGGAAAGUCUAUGGGGAGGCCUCCUGAAUUUCCCUAAGGGGAUUAAGAAUUACUUUAAAGACUGAAAAUAAAACACAUUUUAUUACA